AUGAAGCUGUUAUCUUGGAACAUUAGGGGUUUGGGUAAACCUGAAAAGAAGGGAAGAAUUAAAGGCCUAUUAAAGGACAAGCAUGUUGAUAUUGUUUUCUUUCAAGAGACUAAGAAAGCUGUGGACUCUGAAAAUGCUGCUAGAAAGCUUUGGGGGUGCAGAAAUAUGGAAUUCAUGUCUGUGGAUCCUGUAGGCUCUGUUGGUGGACUUCUAUGCAUAUGGGACCCUUCAGUGUUCCAACUCUCUAGGUGGGCUGGAUUCAGAAUUGUUCAAAAAUCAAAGCAACUAAAGCUAGAAUUAAAAAUAUGGAACAUUGAGGUGUUUGGAAAUGUCUCAUCCAAACUCAAGGCUUUAGAGGAGGAAUUGCAUGCAUUAGUUAGGUUAGCAGAAGAAAGAAUUCUGGUUGAUUCUGAGAGGACAAUAAGAAGGGUGGUCAGAGAUGAAAUGUGGAAAUUGCACAGAAUGGUGGAGUGGAUUUGGCACCAAAAAUCCAGAUUGAACUGGACUCUAAAUGGGGACAAGAAUACUAGAUUUUUCCAUGUUUUUGCUAAUACCAUACAGAGUAGGAACAUAAUCAGCUCUAUUGUAGUUAAUGGGGUGUCUUAUGAGGAUCCUAGUAUGGUUAAAUUAGAGGUCUAUCAGCAUUUCAAGAAGCUGUUUGCUGAGGAUUGGGUCAAAAGACCUGUCUUGGGAGGGUCAUUCAAGACCAUUGAGGCAGACUAUGUUUCUCAUCACCUUGUUUCAGAAUUCAGUGAAGCUGAGGUGUUGGCUGCAAUUAAGGAUUAUAAUAAUAACAAAGCUCCAGGCCCCGAUGGUUUCAAUCUGCUUGGAAGGAACAUCCUUGAUGGGGUGUUCAUUGCCAAUGAAGUGGUGGAUGGUUGGAAGAAGACCAACACGAAAGGUCUGAUCUUAAAGCUAGAUUUUGAAAAAGCUUUUGAUUCUGUAAACUGGGAAUUCUUGUUCUCUUUGCUGUCCAGUUUUGGGUUUGGGAACAAAUGGAUUUCUUGGAUGAAAACUUGUGUGUCUACAGUCAGGAUUUCCAUUCUUGUGAAUGGAGCUCCAACUAAGGAAUUCUCAUCACAAAGAAGGCUUAGGCAGGGCGAUCCGCUAUCACCUUUCCUAUUCAAUAUAGUGGCUGAGGGGUUAAACAUUCUUUUGGUCAGAGCAAUUAAUCUUGGCAUUCUUAGAGGUGUUCAUGUUGGGUCUAAAGAUGUCCUUCUGUCUCAUCUACAAUUUGGAGAUGAUUCAAUUCUCUUUUCUGAGGCAGAUUGGGAUCAAAUGGUGCCAAUCCUGGUAAAAAAAUCUACCCGGAAGCCUGUGCUUGACAAGAUCAAAUCUAAGCUUUCAGGGUGGAAGAGGAAAUUGUUAUCUUUUGCAGGUAGAUUAACUCUAAUCAAGUCUACCCUAUCUAGUUUACCAGUUUACUUCCUUUCUUUAUUUAAGAUGCCAGAAAGUGUGGCGAGAGAAUUUGAAAAGAUUGAAACAGCUUUUUUAUGGGGCAGUAAUGAUCUUAAAAGGAAAGUUCACCUAGUGAAAUGGGGGGAGGUAACUAAAAGCUUUGACCAAGGGGGCCUGGGCAUCAGAAGAAUCAGAGAUGUUAAUGCUUGUCUAUUGCUCAAAUGGUGGUGGAAAUUUGAAACUCAAGUCAACUCUCUUUGGAGGAGAGCUAUAUGCAACAAAUACAAUAUUGAUGAGGUUAGUUGGCAUCCACCUUUAAAGUUCACUUACAAGCAUUCUAGAGUUUGGAAGGGCCUGUCAUCUAUUGGGAAUCAUAGCACAAAUAUUUACAAUUUCUAUAUAGAUAACUGCCAAAUUCAAGUGGGGGAUGGAAACAGAAUUAAAUUUUGGCUUGACAGAUGGUGUGGCAACUCUAGUCUUAAGUCUACCUUUCCCCUCCUCUUUAAUCUUUCAAUAGAUAAAGAAGGCUCUCUCCAACAAUUCAUGGCAAGAAAAACCAGCCCAAACAAUUGGAACUUUCCCCUUAGGAGAGUGCUUUUUACUUGGGAAUUGGAUGAAGAAGCUAACUUACUUGGACUCUUAUCAUCAGCUCCCUCUCUGUCACUUGGCAGGGCUGAUCAUUUUAUCUGGGCUACUGCAUCUGCAACUUCUGGUGUAUUUUCUGUGUCCUCUCUCUACUCUGCUACUAGCUCUAUUCUUGGCCCCCACUUUAAAAUAUAUGCUUCUGCUUCCUUCAUCUACCCAUUCUGUUGUUCUGAACCUGAAUCUACUGUUCAUAUCUUGCUUUAUGGCCCAUUUUCUUGGUUGAUUUGGUCGUCUAUAAUUAAUGAGUGGGGGUUUUCUUGGUGCAUACAAGGUUCAGUGGAUGAUCUCCUCCAAUGGUGGAUGGCUAUCAAUUUCAAGAAUAUUGAUAGGUUAAUUUGGAGAGCCAUCCCCCUUAUUGUUCUUUGGUCACUUUGGAAACUUAGGAACAAAUGUGUUUUUGUAGAGGCUCAACCUAACUUCUCUGGUUUGAGUGAAAAUAUCCAAAACAGAGCAGCACUUUGGCUGAAAGCAUCUAUUAAGGACCUUCCCUAUUCAGUUGAUGAUUUAACUUUCAAUUGGCGUUAA